AAAAUCUAUAUAUUAUAUUAAAAAAAGAAAGUGAGUAAUAUAAAUAGGCCAUGGCUUUCCUCAACUAACCCGGGCAGCUCCAAUUUUUCUAGUAUUUGUUUUGGUUUGAAAGGAGAACAGUAAGGAUUCAUAGUUUAUUGAUUUAUCUAGUCUACUUCAUAUCUUAAAUCCCUAUCACAUCUGCUUCCUCUUCUCCGUUUUGUUUUUAUUUCCCGUUCGAUUACAUAUGCAUCUAUUUUCAUCAACCUCAACUCAACACUAGAAAGAGCUAGCGGCAGCGGCACGCAUGAAAGGAAAGACAGUUGAUCGUUGCGAGGCAGGGAAGAGAGAGGGCAUGAUCAAACACAGAAGGCGGAAACGCAGAGACUAGCAAUCUUAGACAAUCGCUGAAUGAAAAAUAAUACGCCAAACGCCAUUACCUGACUUCAGUUUUCUCUCUCUUUAUGUUAUUGUGUGAAGCCAAAAAUAACGGCAGUACUGGCACACGCAGAAGUUGUUCAUACAUGUCCCUUCACAGCUCAUUAAAACCCAUAACACAGCCUGUCCUCUUCUUCCCCUUGAAACCCAUUUUCUCUUCUUUUCACUCCCUCCAUUCUCCACUCUUUCACCCUUCUCUUCCCCUCCACCGCCGUCCACGAUGGCCUCGCAUGGACUCUUCCACCUCCCACCACCACAGCAACCAAAGCAAGACAAAGCUCAUCGUCAUCAUGGGCGCCACCGGCACCGGAAAGUCCCGCCUCUCCAUCGACUUGUCCAGCCAUUUCCCUCACUCUCAAAUCAUAAACUCAGAUAAAAUGCAACUUUACAAGGGCUUAGAUAUAACCACCAACAAGAUCCCUCUCCACGAGAGGAAAGGGGUUCCACACUUUCUACUGGGCGACUUCGACUCAAUCGACGCCGACGUGACCGCCUCGGAGUUCCGUUCUGCGGCGGGUUUAACCAUCGCCAACAUUGAUUCGAGCGGGAACUUGCCAAUUCUUGUUGGUGGCUCCAACUCUUUUAUUCAUGCUCUCCUUGUUGAAACCUUUAAUCCUGAAGUGGACGUGUUUUCCGGGUCGGGCUCAGUGAGUCACGUGUUGAGGUAUGACUGUUGCUUUCUUUGGGUUGACGUGGCGUGGUCGGUACUGUGUGACUAUUUGUGCAAACGAGUCGAUGAAAUGCUUGACUCCGGGAUGUUCGAAGAGUUGGCUCAGUUCUAUAACCCGGCAAAAGAGGAUGUCCUGAUCGGGUUAAGAAAAGCAAUCGGAGUGCCCGAAUUCGAUGGCUAUUUUAGGAAAUACUCUCCGCGGGAAAGCCAAGAAAACGGCGUGGUUCCCAAGGACGGGUGUGAUCCGGCGCGGAGGGAGGCGUACGAAGAAGCCGUGAGAGAGAUCAAAGAUAACACGUGUCGAUUAGCAAAGAGGCAGAUAGGAAAGAUCCUGCGGCUGAAAGGGGCUGGGUGGGACCUAAGGAGAUUAGAUGCAACGGCGACGUUUGCAGCGCUGAUGAAGAAAAAGAAGUCAUCGUCGGCGGAUUUAGGAUGGAUGGAUAUUUGGGAAAGGGAAGUGAUGGAACCAAGCGUGAAGAUCGUGAAGCGAUUUUUGGAGGAGUAGGUUUUCCAGCUAAUUUAUUCUUUGUUCGUUGACAAAACAGAACUCUCUCUCUCUCUCUCUCUCUCUCUCUCUGUGCACACAUGAAAAUGUUGAAAUGGGAUUAGCCAGAAGGGACGACCAAUUUUGAACCAAUUAGGUCGUACAAAGUGCCAGUGGUGGGCUUGGAUUUGGACUUUGGCCGGGUGGCGUGGUGAAGAGGUAUACAGAAAGAAAAAUACCAAAACGAAAGAAAUUUUGUACGUAAACAAAAUUUUCUGAAUUUUUCUUCUGUCUUUUUUCUUUCUUGUAAUAUUAAAAUAUUUUACUGCUUAAAAUAGUGUAAAUCGGAAUGACAUCGGCGCCUUGUGUCGUUGAGGAGAGUGUGGAAUUGGAAGAGCACAAACACAAUUCAAAUGGGAAACUCUUUGAAAGCAAAAAGGGGGUUCAUUUGAUGAGAAUGGUACAAAAAUUGCCUUUUCUGUUCGUUUUGGGCCUUAUUUUUAAUUAUUAUUAUUCGAAGACACGACACGUUUUGCUAGACAUGUCCUGAACUCCUGAUAUAAGGUUCCCUUCACCCUUUUUUUUAUUAUUAUUAUUUUUUUGGUUUUUGGGAUUUUUAGGCAACCGAAAAACAUUUUGUCUGUUCUUUCACAAUUGCUUCUUGCUUUUUUUUCACAACUUCUGGAUUCUACUAACCCUUCCUACAGUUUUUCAUAACGAUUUUACCAGAAAUUUCUAAUCCUUUGAAAAAGUGGGUUCUGUGGAAGUGGAAUAAAUUGAUCAAUCACGGAUAUUUGUCUGGAUUGCACAAUAUAAAUCUUUUAGGUAUCUCCACGGACGAUGUUCAUGGGCGGCGAAAAACUAAAGUUACAACAAAGCUAUUCUUUCCUGAACACCCAGCACAUAUUCAGAUUCAGUGUCUUUCACUUAGUUCUUGCAGUCCAUGACAAAAGGCCGAGAAGAGGUAUACCUUUUUAACUCGAAAAAGGUUGAUGUAUUCCUUCAGAAAUUUGGAAUCGUUUUUUGAAUUGUUCUAAACAUCAGUCACAGGAAUCAAAUUACCAUGCUUUAAUCGUGCUUUAAUCAUUCUACACUUAGGUUGACUAUCUGCUUAAUCUGUCUCCAGAUCUGUUCACUAUUGCUUUCCUUUUACUUGAAUUGCCUUUUGUUUUGCUUGUUUUAAAUCAAAUAGAUGUAAGCUCCCCAGGCCAGUCUUAAUAUAACAGAGAGUAGAGUUUAGCAAUUUCCCACGGAAAUUCAUUCCACCAAUCCUCGACUCCCUUUUUGCAGCUGACAGUGUUGUAAGACCUGCCUCCACACUGCCUUAGAAUAGCUACACAUAAAGAAGGUGUAAUUCUUACAUUCAUCAUCCUGUUUACACAAUACACAGCACCCAUCAGUUGCAAUCUUCCCUCCAUUCAACCUGUCUUUAGUGGGGAGCCCAUUAAGAAUGGCCAUCCAUGCAGUAAUUGCAUGCUUAGGUAUAUGUGGCUUACACCAGACAAGACUAUGCCAACUAACUUUCUCUUGUUUAGGUCUUAAUCCUUCCAUUCAGCUCCGGUAGGAUAGUUGAAGCAACCUUCCGCUGACAUUAAAAUCCUGAUACUCCAACUACUGCUUUGAGGGAUUGCCACAUCCCAUAUGCUUCUCCCUUUGGCCACAUAGUUCUGUGUCCUUGCUUUCCAACUUCAUCAUGCGUGUGCAAGUAGAGACCAUAAAUGCUUGAUUAUACGAGCUUCGUACCAUGUUGAGAUAUCCUUCAGUCUCAACCCCCCUUCUGACUGGGACUACAAAUGAUUUGCCAUUUGAUUCUAGCCCCUUAUGUGUGUGCCCGGCUGUCCUUUCCGGAAAUAGCUUGAGGAUAGCUAAGUAACUU